AUGCAGCGUCCGUGCGACUUCAACCCCAUGUGCUCGUGUGCCGUGCUGGCCGGCGCUGGCGGGGCACACACACAACAGGUGCGCUGCGUCGGAGUGCCCUUCGGAGUCCUGCCAGACCUACCUCUGGGUCCGCUGGCGUCCAUCGAGCUGAUCAACUCUGGCCUGGAGCGGCUGGACGAGGACAGCUUCCGCGGAACCCGGGUCGAGACGCUGCGCCUGAUGAGCAACCACAUCACCUGGAUCCACCCCGCCGCCCUCAGGUCGGUGGCCGGAUCUCUGAUUUCCAUCGACGUCAGCUUCAACCGGCUCUACUCGUUGCCGUCCGAGAUGUUCCGCGCCAUGAGCAACGUCAGCUUCGUCAACCUGCGCGGGAACUUUCUGAGCGAGCUGCGGCCGUCCGACUGGCGGAAGAUGCGCCAUUCGCUCACACAGGCCUUUGUUGGUGAGAACGAGCUGUGCAAGCUGGAGCUGGGCACCUUCGCCGGCUUCAGGCAGCUGACCACGCUCAACCUGGACGGCAACCUGCUGAAGGAGCUGCCAGCAGACGCGCUGCCCGACACGCUGCACAUGCUGAACGUCAACAACAACCUGUUGACCCGGCUGCCGACCGCAGCGCUGCACAAACUGCGGAGACUCAACUGGCUCUACUUUCAGGGUAAUCACAUCACCGAGCUACCGGCCACCUCCCUGGGUGGCGCUCGCCGGCUGGUGGAGCUGCGGCUCUCCCACAACCUGCUCACCGAGCUACCCGGCCGGCUCUUCAACGGCUCGACGCGCGUGCACGACCUGCACCUGCAGUACAACCAGCUGAGCGCGCUGCGCCGCUCGGCGUUCGCCGGCCUCCACCUGGCGCGCCUGUUCCUCGGCUACAACCGGCUCACCUGGGUCGACGCCGACGCCUUCCACGGGGUGGGCCACAGUCUGACCUUCCUAGAUCUGGAAGGAAACCAGCUGAUGGAGGUGCCGCCCGCCCUGAGAACGCUCCGGAAGCUGCGCUUCCUCACACUGGCCAACAACGGCCUGUCGGAGGUGCCGGCGGGCGCGCUCAUCCCCUUCCAGGACUCGCUGGAGUCACUCAGUCUGGCAGACAAUCUAUUGGAGAACGUGCCGGCAGCGGCCCUGCGCGGCUGCUCCCAGCUCACGUCGCUGAACCUCGACGGAAAUCGUCUGCGCAAUAUCAGCGACCAGGACUGGGUGGGCUGGGCCGGGAAGCUGGUGCACCUCCUGCUACGAAACAACCUCCUGACGUGGCUCCCUGAGCGAACGUUCCAGGCGGCGCCCAACAUCCGUAAGCUAAGUCUCUCUUUCAAUCGGCUGCGGCACUUUACUUCCCAGUCACUAGCGGAUCUGGCCAGUUCGCUGGUCAAUCUAGAAGCAAGUUUUGCUGUUCAGGGGAGGGAGUUCCCCUACGAACUGGUUCAACCGCUCGCCUCGCUUCGAUGGCUGGUGAUGGACAAUAACGGCUUCCGCAGGAUAGGCGACAGCGCGUUGUACACGAUGCCUGAGCUGGAGUAUGUGAACCUCGAGUCGAACCGGCUGCGCUCAUUACCGACUGCACUAUUUCACAAAGAUGUGCACAAGAAGCUGAGCGACGUGCGUCUCUCCUACAACGAGAUCGCUCGGCUAGAGAGGGAGACGUUCAGCGGUCUGGAGGGUCUGAACACCGUGGUGCUCAUGGGAAAUAAGAUCUCAAUGGUCGACAAUCUGGCCUUUAGUAACCUCGUCAGACUAAUCACAGUGACGCUGGACUCCAACCGAAUCUCCGAGCUCGGCGCCCCGGCAUUUCACGGACUGCCAAACCUCCUUCAGCUGGAUCUUCAGAACAACCGGCUCCGGGACUUCUCAAUGAAGACUUUCUUCAACGUCACCAACGAGCACAUGCCGCUGACGCUGAACCUGAGCAGUAACGAGAUCAACGCUCUGUAUCCGUAUCCGACGGGCACCCCGCUGUUCGUGAAGACUCUCGACCUCAGUCAUAACCGUCUCAUAGAGGUCCCGACAGGCUUCCUACAAGGUGUGUCAGUCUCACUCCGUCACCUCGACCUCAGCUUCAACGUCAUUGAGCGAUUGGAUGGCGGCGCGUUCUCGACGCUAGAUAAACUCCAAGUUCUAAAUCUGCGAGGAAACGCUAUCCGUCAGCUGGACGAAAAGUCGCUGGAGGGCGUCGGCGCGGUGCAGAUCCUCGACCUCAGCCGCAACUCCAUAGCGCAGCUACCGGAGACGCUGCUGCGGAGACUGACCGCGCUGCGUCACCUCACCCUGGCGCACAACCAGCUGGAGACGCUGCCACAGCCACUGCUGCAGAACGCGCCGCUCGAGUCACUCGACUUGAGCGGUAACCGGCUGCGCGUGCUACCCUCGGCGGCGCUGGCGGCCGUCGGCAGCUCGCUGGCACGACUCGACCUCUCCGACAACCGUCUGGACCAGUUGGACGGCAUCAUGUUCGCCCGUCUGCCGCGGCUCAGCCGACUCAGCCUAGCGCGCAACAGGCUCUCGGUGCUACCGGACACGGUGUUCCUCAGCCUGCCGCGGCUGCUCAGCCUGGACCUCAGCGACAACCCGCUGCGCACCAACUACAAGGAGCUGUUCCACUACCUGCAGCAGCUGCAGGAGUUGCGUCUGGCCUCCGUAGGUCUGGAGAAGGCGCCCGACCUGCCCCUGCCGAACCUGGUCCACCUGAACCUCUCCUCCAACGGCAUGACGCAGAUUCCGUUCGGAUCGUUUGGAAUGAUGAGGAGCCUUCGGGUGCUCGACCUGAGCAACAACGCCUUCGCAGAGGUGCCCAGCAAAACCUGGAUGCAUACGCCUUUGCUGCACACACUCCACAUCUCCGGGAACCCGGUGCAGAUACUCAAUGGCGACUCGUUCGCCGGGCUGGACCACCUGCGUGACCUGGGGCUGGGCGGACUGCACCAGCUGAUCCGCUUUGACACGGACACACUGCUCGGCAUGCGAGAGUUGGACACGCUGCGCAUCACCACCUGUCCGCAGAUAGAAAAGUACAGGUUCCGUCUGGGAGGUGUCCUGAACGGCCUCCAGUCGGUGCGGCGUCUUCACGUGGAGGUGCGGGAGAACAAGCUGGACGACCAGCUGUGGGGCGGCUUUGGACCGAAGCUGACGGAGCUGCGACUGACCGGCACCAGCCUGCGACAGGUUGACCCGGAGGCCUUCAAGGGUUUCCAGGGCCACCACGAGCUGGUGCUGCAGCUGACGGACACCUCGGUGUCGGAGCUGCCGGACGACCUGCUGCGCCACCUGCGACACGUCACGGCGCUGACACUCGACCUGCGCAGGAACCGGCUCAUCAACCUCAGUCCGAGCACCCUGUACCGCAACGGCUCCGACUGGGAGACGCCCGGCACACAGCUGGUCAAAGGUGGUAUAGCUCUCAGCCACAACCGGUGGGUGUGCGACUGCGGCCUCCUGUGGCUCGGACAGUGGCAGCGGCGCUGGGUGCGCGAGAGCCUCCGAAUUCACACGGAGGUGCCGAGAAACGCGCAGCACGUGCAGCGACUGGUGCGGCAGGCCACCUGCACCGACCUCAGGACCGGUGCCGAGACGCCCAUCAUGGACCUGCGAGCCGAGAAUCUCCACUGUCGGAUAGGAGCCACAGACGCCGGCGGCCGGCCGGCCGGCACCGGCAGUCUGCUGCUGCUGCCGCUGCUGCUGAGCCUGCCGCCCCUCCUGCGCCGCGACCUCCUGGACGUGACGUAGGACCGGACGUCGGACAGAGGUGUGACGCAUGCUGUGACACUGGCGUGACCGUGACGCCCCGUCACAGGCCGUCACAAGGCCGAGCCAUCCCGCUCGGGGGGCGGAGCGUCACCAGAGUAGAGGCGAGGGCAGCAGUCUCGCCCAAACCGGUCCAAUGUUCCUCGUGUUGAUGGAAGGAGUUUUAACACAACGCAGUUGUUUAUAGUGUGGACGUGCCGGCAAUGUUUUUACGCAAACACUGUACUACAGCCAUGUUGUAAAUUAGCUGCUAUUGCUGCUGAGUUUGUGCGCAAUGUAUUGAGCAGACUAGGCACGCCAGCGAA